AUUGUAUUUUAUCAAAGCUUGAAGCCGCUUGUCUGCAAGCAACUCAAGGUUUAUUUCAUUCUUUAAUUAAUUAAUUAAAGUCCAGGAUUACAAAAAUAAAUUAUUAAAAUGAGUAUCUUGGCAUACAAUGGAGGCGCAAUAAUAGCCAUGAAGGGCAAAAAUUGCGUAGCGAUAGCAGCUGACCGUAGAUUUGGUGUCCAAGCUCAAACAAUCACGUGUGACUUUGAAAAAAUUUUCGAAAUGGGCCCUCACAUGUACGUAGGAAUCCCCGGACUGGCCACGGACGUCCAGACAGUAAAGGAGCGCCUGAGGUUCCGGCUGAACCUUUACGAAUUAAAAGAGAACCGCCGCAUGCACCCGAAGACUUUCGCGUCCGUGGUGUCCAAUCUCUUGUACGAGAAGCGAUUUGGAUCUUACUUCGUGGAGCCGAUCAUCGUCGGGUUGGACCCGGAAACCUUCGAGCCGUACAUCUGCAACAUGGACUUGAUCGGCUGUCUCAAUGAGCCGGAAGAUUUUGUCGUAGGAGGCACUUGCGAGGAACAAUUGUACGGUAUGUGCGAGACCGUCUACGAGCCGGAUCUAGAACCGGAGGAUUUGUUCGAGACCAUCAGCCAAGCUCUGGUCAACGCCUGUGACCGUGAUGCUAUUUCUGGAUGGGGUGCUAUCGUACAUAUUAUCGAAAAAGACCGUGUUACAACGCGCACCAUUAAAACCCGUAUGGAUUAAUCAAUUUAAAUUAAUAAAAUAUUAAUAAGAAGUGCUGGAAAUGUUGGAGAUUUUUCAUUAAUAAAUAAAUUUAAAAA